AUGACAGACCUGAACAAGAAAGCUUUUGGGCCUCAAACAGUCUCCUUCGGCCCUUAUCAUCAUGAGGAAGAACCUCUAAAGCCAAUGGAAGAGCACAGGGAACGAGCCCUCCUUCAAUAUCUAAAGAGAUUCGGGAAAUCUUUAAAUCCUUUCGUAGAAUCUUUAGAGAAAGAAGUGGAGGUUCUGAAAGGUUCGUAUGAUCGACUAGAUGCAUCAUUGGAAUACGAUACAAGCCGGUUUCUGCAACUGAUGAUUCUUCAUGGCUGUUUCUUGCUGCAAAUCUUAAGCACUAAGGCUGAUGAUCAUAAAACGGCUGAAUAUGCUUCUACUGAUCCAAUUUUUAGCAGACAUGGAAAGCUUUAUAUCAUGCCAUACGUCGAGCGUGACAUGUUGAUGCUUGAAAAUCAACUGCCCAUGCUGGUUCUUUACAAGUUUGCCGCUGUUGAAAGCGAUAGAGCUAAGAGUUUGAACGCAUACCGUGAUAGUGAUCAGCGAGGAGAGAAACGACAUAGUAAUUCUCAAGAUCAAGGGUUUCAACACAGAAAUAAAGCCGAGAAAGAAGAUGGGGUCGUAGGUUCGAAGUUCCUAGCCUUUUCAGGCCGGUUGAAGCCCAUGUAA